CCCGCUUGAUAUUCAUUAGUUCCGCGUGCGGAACCAUGCGGCCGCCUCCAAAGCUCUUCAAGACGACAGGAAUGGCCAGUCCGAGGUUCAUCGGCUUCUUCAAGCUUGCCGUAUGCUAAUUUUGUUGGAAACUGUCACCGCUUUCUCCCACGUUCCACUUACCAUGUGCGCAUGUCACCGCUUAGCGUUCACCGUUACAAACCCUUGCGCCGCUAGCACAACAGUUUGACAACACCGCCCGCAGAAUCACGAUUCCCCCGCUCAACAGUGGCAACCGUUGAGCCAGGCACCGUGAUGGGAAAACGUGUCCUGGACUGGAUGUAAGGAUGUCCCCCGUGGGGCGGCAAGCUUGGGUGGUGACAUACAUAUAAAAGGAUAAGAAAGGGACCCUGAUAUUCUGACUUUUGGAUGCUCUACCAUCUUCUCACUCAUCUUUCUCCCAUCCAUCCUCAUCUCAGUUUUCCCAAGAGACACCAUCACCACAUUCAAUAUGGCUUCUACCACAGACUACAAGAUUGACUUUACCAACUUCUACAACAUCAUCAACAAUGAGUUGAAGUCAACCCCCACCACCCGGGCCGCCGUCAACCCGUCCACCUUGGCCCCCCUUCCUGCCGUCCCCGUCUCCACAAAGGCCGAUGUCGACGCCGCUGUCUCGGCCGCCAAGGCUGCCUUCCCCUCGUGGCGUGACACCCCUAUUGAGAAGCGUGCCGCGCUCCUCAACACCUUUGCGGAUGCCAUCAUGGCCAACUUUAUGGACUUUGCCUCUCUGCUUGCGCUUGAGGGCAAGCCCCCCACGGCGGCGCAGUUCGAGGUUGACUUUGCUGUCAAGCACUUGAAGGGGACGGCGCAGCUGAGGUUGGACGACGAGGUGAUUGAGGAUAACGAGGAGAAGCUCACCAAGAUUCGGUACACUCCCCUUGGUGUCGGUGUCGGUAUCGUCCCCUUCAACUACCCCUUCUUCUUGGGUCUCGGCAAGAUGGGACCCGCCGUGUUGGCUGGAAACGCCUUCAUCUGGAAGCCUUCGCCCUACACGCCCAACACGGCGCUGAAGCUCGUUGAGCUGGCCGCCAAGAUCUUCCCCCCUGGUGUUGUCCAGGCUUUGUCUGGCGAGGAGGACUUGGGUCCCUGGUUGACUGCUCACCCCGAUAUCCGCAAGAUCUCCUUCACCGGCAGCACGCCGACGGGCAAGAAGGUCAUGGCUGCGUGCGCCAGCACUCUCAAGCGCGUGACGCUCGAGCUGGGCGGCAAUGACGCCGCUAUCGUUUGCGACGAUGUCAACCUGGACGAGGUCGUGCCCAAGGUUGCUCUCGGCUGCUUCAACAACGCUGGCCAAGUCUGCGUUGACAUCAAGAGACUAUUCGUCCACGAGAAGAUCUACGAUCAGUUCCUGGCCAAGAUGGUCGAGGUCGUCAAGACGUUCAAGUUCGGCGGGUCCGAAGACACCGAGGGCGCCUUCUUCCCUCCUGUCCAGAACGCGAUGCAGUUCGAGAAGGUUAAGGAACUAUUUAGCUCGAUUGAGAAGGAGGGCCUCAAGCCUGUUAUUGGUGGCGAGGUCGAGGCCGAGGCGGGCGCGAAGAAGGGAUACUACUUCAAGCCUACCAUCAUCGACAACCCGCCUGAGAACUCCAGGAUCGUGCAGGAGGAGCCCUUUGGCCCUAUUGUGCCCGUCGUGAAGUGGGUCGGUGGUGAGGACGAGGUGGUCAGGAUGGCCAACAACACCGACAUGGGAUUGGGUGCCUCUGUCUGGAGCAAGGACUUGGAGAAGGCGGAGAGGAUCGCCAGGAGGCUGGAGGCUGGCAGUCUCUGGAUCAACACCCACCAGGACCUGGCGCCUAACGUGCCCUUUGGUGGCUUCAAGCAGUCCGGUAUGGGCCACGACUGGGGUGUCAUCGGUCUUAAGGGCUGGUGCAACACCCAGAGCUUGAUGACGAGAAGGUCAGGCGGUAUGUUUUAAGGAGGGACAUGAGCGAUAGAAUGCAUUUAUUAGAGUAGUGAAUUUACAGCAAAGCGUGUGAUUUUCCAUAGUGUGCCUUCCGAGACAUGAUCCGGGCCCAAUCGUGAUAGGUGUAAACUUUAGGUAAGGUACAUGGUAGAAGUUGGCAGUAGGAGAUGGUUAACUCCCGGCAGGCUCCCAAAUCCCGCAACACGGGGAGCUCUCCGCGAUACCUAUCCUGCGUUCCCCGGAACUGACAUGAUCAUCACUUCGCAGGCCCUUAGCAUCGGGAUGAUACCUGACCCUAGAGGUCACCAAAAUUCAAUGGGGUUGACAGUGCCGUGGUCGCUGCUUGAGCUAGCAACGCGAAGGAGUGGUGAGAGACCAUCGUGCGUGAAUCAUGUUCCAAAUGUCAAGAAGAUUCAAAUGGCGGACAUGACGAUAUUGGGCAGUGUUUGGAAAAAGGUUGGUACGUGUAGGUAGGUCCCUCUAGGUUCUUUCCAAGAUGACGGGUACCUGAUCUUCAGAAGGAGGCUUUCCAUAUGAGCUAAGACAGAGCCAUGACUGCCCGAGACGCGGCAGUUCGAUUGAUCUAG